AUCAGCAUGAUUAUGGAAGGCUUUUACAAAGUAAUUCUCCGUGAGUUAAAAAUUUUAGGCAUCGAAGUUCCUAAAUUAAAGAAAUUUAAGGCUACUAUUACUAAUCGGGAGAAACCUGCACACAAAAACGAGAAAAAGAUUUUUGGAGUAAAACUUGUUGACCAAGAAGCUGUUGCAGAAUCGGAACAUUACCUUCCAAGGUUUAUAGCAUUUGCCACUGCUUAUUUACUAAAAUAUCGAGAAAGAGAAGGGCUUCUUCGGAAAACAGGAUCUAUUGCAAGACAAAAAAAUCUAAGGAUGAAAUUAGAAAAAGGUGAGCGCAUAGACGACGCUGAGCCAAAUGAUGUCGCAUCGCUUUUAAAACAAUGGUUAAGAGAACUACCGGAGCCUUUAAUUCCUUUGUAUCUACAAGAGCUAUUUAUGAGGUGCCAAAGAUUAUCACCAGAAGAGAAAAAAAUUACUGCUAUCCUUUUAUCUUGCCUAUUACUGCCACCUCCCCAUCUUCAUACAUUUAAACAUUUGAUGCAGUUUUUAUAUGAUUUAGCAGCCAGCAGUGAUAGAAAUAAAAUGGAUUCUCACAAUUUGGCUAGAAUAAUAGCGCCAAAUGUAUUCGUAACGAAAAGUGAAAAUAUUGAUAAAUCUAGUAAUGGACAAGUUUACAUCUGUACAGCUGUGAUUCAAGUACUAAUAGAGCAUGCUAAUGAAAUUGGUGAAGUUCCCUCAUCGAUCCUUUUACAUUUAGAUUUGCAGUCAGAUACAGAAUUAGAUCUAUGUGAUGACGAUAGCCCAUGUAAAUCGAAGAAAAAAUUACUGAGUGGACCGAUGCACGAAUUCUUCCAUGGUAUAAGAAAACUAGUAGGACAAGGUUCAGCCUCUGCAAUCAAGAAAGAGUACGCAGACGGGACAGAUCCGCCUUCAGUUCUCAGGUGUGCAAAGCGUAAAGCUGAUCCUGAUCUUCAAUCAUUGUCUGCGAACAAAAAACGAGCUUUAUCGGUCAAAGGAUUAAAAAACGAUGUUGCAUGUUCCGCGACAAACUUAAAAAGUGCUGGUAAAAGUAAAAAGACUGUUCCUCUACGUCAAAAAUCUAUUGGUCUGCUAACCAAAAGGGAUCGGAAUAGACUGAAAUCUUGCAAAUCAAGUUUCGGAACAGCGUCUUCUGCAUAUCAUAACAGCCCGUUUGUUACUAAUAAUGCUACAGAUGUGUAUCCCACAGAAAGAGCGAUGGAGCUUGCCGAAGAAUUCAAAGGAAAUCAGUCAUCGUUAUCAUCGCACAGUACUAUAAAAUUAGUAUAUGAUGACAUUCAAAAAUCAGACUCUGUUGAUAAAUUGUCAAAAAAAUCCAUCUUAGUAAAUGAUGAUAAAAUUUUAAACAGAAAACUUGACGAACGGAAAAGUAGCUUUUCGAAGAAUGAGAAUAUUCGUUCGACAGAAAAUGGAAUCGAACGUUUGCAACUGAAUCUUGAUUUUGGUGUUAAAACUUGUUCUAAAGCAACUAUCUCUGGCGCAGUAUUUCUGCACGUAGUUUCCGAAACGCCAGAAGAAUCUAUUCGUAAUGUGAACAAUAUAGGCUUUUUACAGGACAGUAAUGAAAUUUGGUCUGUGAACCAAAAAUCACAUGAAUCUCCAAAGACUGAAAAGUCUGAAAGUGAUCCUUCUGAUCGUAAAAAUAGCCAUAAACAAGCAAAUUCUUGUAAGAAACUAAACUUGGAUGACUACAAUGAAGUGAAACUAAAUCAGAAUCAGAAUAUUACUCUAAAAACGGACCAUGCCAAUUUUUGGGCAGAGAGCGAAAUGAGUGAGAUUGUUAAUUUUUCUCCGAACACCUCUGAUAUGAAUAAAUUCCAAACUACAAUGCUAUCAAGCAAACAAAAUCGAAAUACAGCUCAGAAAAAAAGUUCAGAAAGGAGAAUAAAUACGGAAGAAUCGUUUCUACUAAAAAAUGGAGAAAGCUUUUCUACCACAACUGCAAUUUAUCGAACUGAAAGUUUAAGAACUAGUAAUACAAAAUUCAAGUUGAAUAGUGUCCACAGAAGCCUUCCUCACAGGAUAGAAAGUAAUAAACUUUCUAAUUUGGUUAUAAAGAAAGAAGAGGUAAGUGUUACACAACGUCAUCAAAAUGGCUCAAAUAGAAAUCAAUUAGAAUCAAUGAAAAGAGAGUUUUCAAAAGGAAAAAGCAAAGUCUCAAGCAGCAGAUGUAAAGAAAUCGUUGGUUUGACUUUGAAACAUCCUAGCAAAAAUGAAAUUGCUUUAUUAGACAAUGGUAUAACAAAAUUAGAACAUAAAAACAUGUUCAUUGAUAGCCGAAAUGGUAGUGCAUUGGUAGGAAAAAAUAUUUGUAUAGGUCAUCUUCCUCCUGAAAGUGAGUUUAGCAAUUUCCCUAAAUGUAAUGAUGGUUCGGAAGGUAAAAUGGUUAAAAAAGUGCGUGUUAUGCAGAAGCCUAAAUCUCGAAGCAGAAAUCGGAAGAACGUAGCUCGCGUGUUGAGUGAUUCUACCAAAUAUUCAAAAUCAAAUAAGAAAUCCCAUGAACUUGUUAGAAGAUCAUCUCUCCCUAACUCCAGCUGUAAACUGGAUAGUGGUGAGAAGUAUUUUACACAUUGGAGGAAUAAUAAUUUGAAUUGCACUGAAUUAUGUGCGGUAGUAAUACCAACAGAUAACGAAAACGUCAGACAGAUUAAUUUCACUGAACUUCAGACGGCUUUUCGUAAAACGAGCGGUCUGAAAAUUCAAAAUAAAAAUGAUGGUAACAUAUCUGAUUCUUUGAAUUUGGUAAGUGCUAUAGAGUGCUUAGAAAAUCCUUCUCCAACAAGCGAUGCUGCUAAGAAGAGGGAAAGCAUUGCAAUGAUUUUAAAAAAUAAAUCGGGGCAUGUGAAAGAAAAAAUUAAUAUUUAUAACAAACUAAAAUAAAAUCUUUAAGUAACUUCAUGACGUACCCACUUCUGAAAGACGUGAAACUUCUUUAAAAGGGCAAAAAAAAAACCUUUUCUUCUGAAAGUAAAAAUUUUGAAACCUCGUGAUAAAUAUAAAAAUAUUUAAGGAGAGCAUUAUCUGUUAUAUACCGAAGAUUGCCAAAAAACACAAUGAUAUUGCAACGAUGCAAAAAAAAUGCAGAUUUUCUAAACACUGAAAAUUAAGAUAUGUUCAAUUGAAGAAUAAAAUUGUAUCGUGUAUGUCAAGAAGAUUGUAUUUAACAUAAAAAUUAGUUCUAGUGUAUAUAUUCAAGAUGUAAAUAUUUUUAACGUAU